AUGGUCGUCGACAGGGAUGCCUCCGGGCUUCGCAUGAAGGUACCCCACUCUUUUCUUGGGUCUCGACACGAACACUCAAUUUUUAGGGAUUUUUAGGCCAAUUUCUGAGCACUUUGUCUAUUUUCUUUUACAGUUUCACUGCCUUAUAGAUUUUCAGUGUCUAGGCACAAAUAAUUUCGCUGUUUUCCACUUUUUCAAUUCAAAAAAUGCUACCUUCCCCGAGGUACGGUACGUUUUAGCUACAACUAACAAGUAGACCGAGUUCAGUGCGUUCUAUGAAAAAAAUUGGAAUGAUAGUGUCGGAAUACAGAUAGGAGUACGACUAGAGAAUAAGGAAAAGUCAACUGACGUACUUAUACAACGGAAAAAAAUCAACAGCGAACAACUGCUGAAAGUGUAUUAUCGGUGAAACUGUAAAAGAAUGUUUUUAGCACGAGAGAGCAACUUUAACGAUUAAUAUGGUACAUCCAAGUGAUGAUAUAGUGACUUUUCUGUGAUGCUACCACACACUCACAGAUGGCAUUGAAAAGAACAAAGCAAAAACAAUCUGGGUCCGUCCCGAUCCACGUCUUGUGUGUCGUGGAGGAAAGAAAACAUUCAGUGUCCGAGUCCCAACUCUCAGAAAUGCCUAAACGUUGUGGCCGUUCGACAAUCUGUUCAUUUGUGUGAAUGCUUGUGUCGAAUGCAAAGCCUAGGAGUUUGCUAGGCCACGGCCACAGCUUUAACUGCGCACUGGCGCUCGGAUAGUGAAUGUUGUGGCAAUGAGAGGCGAUUUAGACCGACUUUCACAUGAAUGGUGCAAAGAAUGGCACAGAAAAGAAAUUUGGUAUCCCGAAUCUACCAUGUGCCAAAUUUUACAGAAAAAUUCAGAGCUGAUCGAAUUUCGGCCUGGACUUUUGGCCCACUUGCAAGGAUCCGAUCGGACCCAAACUUUGCAGACUUCUUAGACUUGGAUUGAAGUCUGUUGGGUCCAAGUUUCACAUCGAUCCGAUCAUCUGGUCCCUUCUCAGGCCCGGAUAAUCGGAUCGGUCUGAAACUCGGACUCAAUAUACUUCAAUCCAAGUCCAAGAGUCCUGCAAAGCUUGGGUCCGAUCGGAUUACUGCAAGUGGAUCGAAAGCCCGGACCGGCUGUUUUGUCUCCACUUUUUUCCCAUUUUUCGCUCCGAUCUCUCGUGCGAAUCACUCGUUUUUUCGACAAAAAUCACCCCACCAAAAAGUCGGUGUCUCUCGGUCCGACACACUCUCUCUCUCUCUCGCCGCUCCCGUUUCUUCGGUUUAUCGGUCAUUUCUCUGUGCGCUCUCUUCGAAUUUUACAAUAUUUCUUCUUUUUCGUCUUUUUUUUUGAUAAAUGAGAGAAAGAGAGAGUGCAAAUAAUACUUUGGUCAAACGGAAAAGUGGCAGGGAAAUUUAUUGGAAAGGGGGGCGAAAAUUGAAGAAGAAAGAAAAGUUUUUCAGUUUCAUAGAAAUACAAGGCUGUAUGCUCAUUUUAAAACGUUUUUUUUCUCUUGUGCCGUCGAUGAAAUCGAAAAAACAAUCGAUCGAUUACUUGCGUAACAAAUAUUCUCGCAGGUUGAUGGCAAAUGGCUGUACAUCAGCGAGGAUUUGAUGAAGAAGCAUCCGGGCGGAGCUGUUAUCGAGCAAUACAGGUAAUUUCGGGUUCUCCACACGAUUUCCGUUGUCUUGAGCGCUCGCGAGGGUGUGUAGCAUUUUUUUGAAAAUAGUCAUGAUUUUUCAAAGUUUGCUCCUCCCAACUAGAUAUUGUAAACUUGGUUUUUUGCAGAAACGCCGAUGCCACACACAUUUUCCACGCUUUCCACGAGGGAUCCUCCACUGCCUACAAACAAUUGGAUGUAAAAAUGAUGUAUUUUGUGAAUUAUGAACCAAUUCUCAAUUUUAGCUUCUGAAAAGGCACGCAGUACACGAUGAGACGACUAAAAAACUGGAAGAGCAACUCGAAAAACGAUUGGAUCAAGCGGACAUCAACGUGUCGGCCUACGAUAUUACUGUAGAACAGGUAAAACUGACAGUUUCUGCAUUUUGUCGUAAGAUCUGGUGUUUUCACACUUUUCGCGCUAACAGUAAGCAAAAACAGCCAUUCGACGUCAACUAAUUUUCAGGAGAAGAAAAUGGUGGAAUCGUUCGAAAAACUGCGUCAAAAAUUGCACGAAGAGGGUCUGAUGGCGGCCAAAGAGCAGUAUUUCGUGCUCAAAUCCGUCUCGACACUCGCCAUCAUGGGAUUCGCGUUUUAUCUUCAAUCCUUGGAAUUCUACAUGCUCUCGGCGUGUUUUUUGGCCCUCGCGUGGCAACAAUUCGGCUGGCUGACCCACGAGUUUUGCCACCAACAGCCGACCAAAAACAGGCCGUUGAACGACACGAUUUCGCUCUUUUUCGGCAACUUUUUGCAAGGAUUCUCGAGAGACUGGUGGAAGGAUAAGGUUCGUUGGGUUCCCACAGAUAACUGCACACUUUGUCGUACACUUUUCGAGCUAUCACUGAUUUGUUGCAGCACAACACUCACCACGCGGCGACGAAUAUGAUCGAUCACGACGGAGACAUCGAUCUGGCGCCGCUUUUCGCCUUCAUUCCCGGCGAUUUGUGCAAGUACAAGGCGAAUUUCGAAAAGACUCUUUUGCGGGUACGGUAGGACUACUGUCGACUUUUUGGAAUUUGUUCAAACGCUCAACUUUCAGAUAAUCCCAUACCAACACCUGUACUUCACCCUCACACUGCCAAUGCUCCGUUUUUCGUGGACCUCGCAGUCGGUCCAAUGGGUUUUCCGCGAGAAUCAGAUGGAGUACAAGGUGUACCAGCGGAACGCAUUCUGGGAACAACUGACUAUUGUCGGCCACUGGACCUGGGUCAUCUACCAGUUGUAUUUGUUGCCCACGUGGUGGAUCCGCGUCGCUUAUUUCGUCAUUUCGCAAAUGGGCGGAGGUCUUUUGAUCGGACACGUCGUCACUUUCAAUCACAAUUCCGUCGACAAGUAUCCCGGUGAGCUUUUCGGCACUUUUAUGCUAUUCGUCUCAGUAAUUGUUCGUAAAUUUUGAAAUUUCAGCCAACUCCCGCAUCCUGAACAACUUUGCCGCCCUUCAAAUUCUCACCACACGCAACAUGACUCCAUCGCAUUUUAUCGAUUGGCUCUGGGGUGGACUCAACUAUCAGGUAGCCGCUUUUUCUGCGUUUUGUCGUAAGAGCACACUUUUCGCCUCAAUAAAGUCGUAGAAUCUCGCGGAAAAACGGCGAUCUGACUCGAAUGUGUUUGCAGAUCGAGCACCACUUGUUCCCGACGAUGCCACGUUGCAAUCUGAGCGAGUGCAUGAAGCACGUGAAGGCGUUCUGCGCGGAGAACGGACUGCCGUACCUCGUCGACGACUACUUCGACGGAUACAGGAUGAACUUGCAGCAGUUGAAGAAUAUGGCGGAGCACGUGCAGGCCCGCGCCGCCUAA